UUUAUGGAUAUUAUUUUAAUAUAUGAAGGGUUCAGAAAAUUCUAUAGGUUUACUAUUAUAAACAUUAAUGUCAGAAUUUCAUGAAAGUAUUCGACGUAUUUUUGAAGAUGUAGAAAUAUUUUUGAUACUCCACGUCAAACCUUUACUCGACGAUUUGUCCUAUGAUGGUAAACUUCAAAGGCAACAUAUACUAUCAUGCAUCCGCGCCCUGAAAGCGGAAUACCCGGCCAUCAAUAAUAUGGGUGCUUGUCCUGAAUUUAUGACAGGAGAAAACAGCGAUAAAACCGAAGAAUCUCUCCCGCGUAACAAAAGUUCUAACAACCUCAAUAAUACGGAUACCGGAUUCUCCUCCAACUCUAACAGAUCUGAUUACAGUAUAACGUCCAAGUACGACAAGAAAGCUAAAAGAUUUUUUAGGAAAAAGAAAAACGAGGAAACAAAAGUUCAACAACUUACUAACGCGCAAGGGGAAAAUGACCAAUCUGUCGCGAUAAAAUCCAUAAUGCAAGGAUUAGAAAAGGAUACUAAUUCUCUCGUCUCUUCCAAUAAAACAAGCACCAAACACUCCAAAAAGAUGGAUAAAAUUCAGAAUCGAAGCAAUUUUGCCACCUUUUUCAAUUUGACCUCCUUCACUUCCGCCUCCGCUUCUUCGACUAACAAAAAGAAAAGGUUUUUCUUUUCCUCUUCCUCAAAAUCUUCUUCAAAUUUGGCAACCGCUCUUAAUAGCUGUUCCAACGAUAAUUUGCUAAACCUCGAAUACAAAUCCGAUGGCAAAAAUUCCCGCAAUCACGAUAAUUUUAAGAACGAAUUUUCGAUCGGUGAAUCAUCUCUCAACUAUAGCGAAGGAAAUGACCUUAGUGAUAAUUGUAAAAAAGGCGUCAUGGUUGAAUGUGCCCUAAAUAAGGAUGGCCACGUCGGGACGUCCAAUUUUAAAAGACAUUACCUUAAAAAAUCAAUAGGCACUGAUCUAGGAAAAUCGUUUAAUCCGAAGGCCCUGUCUUCUAAAAUCGAGAUUGACACGAUUAACCAGGCCGGUUCUACUUUUAAUGAUAAAAUGUUCGGACCCGCAUCCUCCGAUCAUUUUUAUCGAAACCGUUCCGCCUCGAUUCAAAAUUUCAUGGUCCCGCCUUCCGAUGAAACCUCCUUCCAAUCCAAGAAACGGGAAGAAGCAAGAUACAAUUGCGACAACUCCGAUCAAAGUAUUUUAUCAACAGAAAGGAAUCUCACUAACCGAGAGGCUACAACAGGCUUUAAUUCUAUAUUCAACGCCGAUGAAGUAAAUGAUAAAGAUGACACGAAAAUGGGAGCCAAUGAAGGCACAAAAGUGAUGACCAACGAGGAAUUGGACAUGCCCCUAGAAAAAGAAGUUAUCGCCAGCGAGAAAGUUCCGAAAAUUGUCGAAACAUUAAAAGAUGGCCAACCCAAUGCCAUCAUCUUGUCGGAACCCCUGAAUUUCGACAAUAUUUUGGACCAGUAUUUUAGUUCGAUCAUUGACGUUGGUUGCGAUUACAUACCCGAAGAGAGCGAUACCGAUUCGCGCAACACACAUGAGAAUAACAAGAAUAUUGACUACAAUAAAAAUGUAGAAAAUGGCAGCGCUAAACGUGAGCCGAACAGGAUUUCGGAUCGAGAAGAAAAUAUGUCUAGAAAAGGAGAGAAUAAUAGCAGCAAUUCUCCUUCUAAGAGUUUUAAAAACAAUCUAUUUAGUAUGCCAUUGAACAAGGAUAUCGAUAAAACAAAGUUUAGUUAUGUUUACGAAAAUGAAUCGGACGAUACGCCUAACGAUAAAACGGAAAAGCGUGAUGAUUCCAAUGCGAAAGAUGAUAGAAUAUCUAACGAAAGCACCAACAUCGAAUUCGUUACUUCUUCCUCUCAAAUGAGCCUACGGCCUUCCCGCCUCUCCUCCUCUAUGACGCAUCUGCACAAUCCAAUUCCUUCCAUACCAAGUCAACCACCCUCAAUUCCCCAGUUUACGAAAACAUCUAAAAUUGCCCGCAAUACGACUCACCAUCAUCACUCAUUGAACCCUAAUCAAUCAAAUCAUGUUCACAAUAACACUGGUAGUACCAAUCGUUUCGCCUUUCGAAUGAACCACAAUAAUCGUAGAGGUUUUUACGCUUCGGCUCACGCCGUUUACCAGCCUCCUUCGGAUAACGCGAGAGAAGAGGGGCUAAUUAGUACCGAAGGCGGCGAUUGCGGGUGGGCUCAAAAGUCGAGGUUUAGCAAACAACAUAUACCUAGCUAUCAACAUAGUCAACGCCACAACUUAAGUGAAUAUGAGGAAAUCUCGAGAGAAGAUUUUCAAAAUCCCGUCGAAUGGGUUCAUACUAACGAGAAAGAGGAAACGUACAAUGGCCAAUGGAAAAAAAUAAACAAAGAACGGUACAGAAAUAUGGAUGCUUCAAAUUCGAUGCAAAGAUCAUCCUACGUCGGUUACGAUAAUAGAAAAAAAAAUGAGAUAGAUUCGGGUAGCAUCGGACCGUGGAUCGAUCCACCCUACAUGAUUGGCUCAUUAGCGAAGUCCUGGCAGAAUUCUAUAUGUACCAUUGGCGGGGCCAAGAAAGGGCAUCAGUAUCUGAUUAACUCAACCGUUAGAUCCACCAAAUUUCGUCCAAUGCCCGCAAAUUUUCGAAGAGGACAUGUACGGGAAUGUCACGAUUUUAACGCCGACAGUUGUUGCGAUGACAGCAUUUUGCCGCAUAAAGAUAAGAUACGGGCGCAUCCCGCUCAAUGCGUUGGGAGGCGAUACGAAAAUUAUUACGAUGAUAAUGAUAUAAAUCCCGAUGAAAUGAUGAUUGGGGAUUUUGGCGAACAUGCGCGAGAGGUUGAAGAGGAAAACGAGGAUUUUUAUGAAAACGAUUAUAAUGUGGAAAGUUCGGUUCCAGUCAAAGAAAUAAAGGACAAAUACAACGUUAAUAAGGGAUCGAAGGGUAACGGAAACUAUGUGUACGAAGAUAAAUUGAGACCGGAUCGGGGUGAACCUGUGUAUAUCACUAGCAAAAAAUAUGAUAGGCUGGGGUGGUGGAUGGGUGUGUCUCUUAAAACGGGGGAGAGGGGUCUAGUUCCAAAGACUCGCUUGGUACCCACGAGGCAUUCAUCUUGCUUCGAUGGCAAAUACGGUGCACACUUGGAAGCUAUUGAGUUAAGGGAUGGAAGGGAGAUUUCAAAGAAUUAUUACUAUAUUUAUUACCCGUAACCCCUCGUUCACAUUUAGCGCGAAUUCGCGGCGAAAAAUACAAUAAUAUGGCAUAAUUUAUAUACUUCGCCGCGAAUUCGCACACUGUGAAUGCGGGGUAAGUCCAGAACUUAUAUUUUUGUUUCUCCUUCUAGUAAAUUUUGACGAACGUCAACAUCCAAAUAAAAACUGGGGAAAAAAGUAAACAAAUAAUGCACGUUUUUUAAAAAAAAAAAUUUUAAUUUAUUUUAAACAAAUUUAUAAUAAUUUUUUUUUCUAUUUAAUUUUAAUUUAUUUGAUAGUUCUUUCAUGUAAGAUGAAUUAUGAAAGUUUAUAAUAUCAAUUUUUUCUUCAAAUGUCAUGAUCAUACCCCCCCCCCCCCCUCCCCCCAAUAUAAUUUUAUA